AAUGCCGGCUGGCUCGCCUACGCAAAAUCCUGUGUCGACCCAAAACCCCCUCUGCUCAGUGCUGACUCGUCGGCCGUGCUCGCGCGAUAUGGCGGCCAUGGCGCCCGCGCUGCCCACCUCUCUCCGGCCGAGGCCGGCCUCGCCCUUACUCCUCUCCGCCGGUCCCCACGUCCCCGGCCGGCGGAGCCCCAUUCCGUUGCGCCUGAGCCCUCUCCGCCCCGCGAGGUCCCUCUUCCCCAUAUCAGCUGUGGAGAAGACCAAGGGGGCUGCUGCUGCCGAGGAGGCCGAGCUGGAGGGGAUGCCGCCCGAGUUCUACGACGAGGAGUGGCAAGCCCGUCAGCGGGAAAGGACUAAGGAAUGGCAUGCAUAUCGGCAGAAAGAGGAGGCAGAGGAGGAAAGAAUAACAAGUGAAUACCAAGAAAUAGGCAUGCGCCUGAAAGCUUACCCACAGGAAGAAGUUCGCAAAGCUAGGAUUUUAGUUUCAAGUUUCAUAAGAGCUGGUGAAGAUGUUGAGGAGGAAAUUGAGAAGGCUGCUGAAAGAGGAGACCUUACUGAACUUGUUCUUAUGGUCAUUUGGAAUCGACUUGAUGUUGCUCGGCGUGAUGAUGAGCGGGAUGCCAUCAGAAGCCUUGAUCUCUUAUAUAGAAGGGUAGAGGCAGAGAUUCUAAAGAGUGAAGCAACUCCUGCCAUGAGAUUACUCAAUGAGCUUCUUAAUCUUCAUGAUGGAGGUGAUGAUGAUAAGUGGUUAAAGAAAUGUAGAAAGCGCAUGCUUGAAGUUUUUCCAAGAGAGGAUCCAUUCACUGUGGUCUUUCCUGCUAGUUUCAACAUGGAGAAGCAUGAAGGACGAAUUGAGCUGCCACCUCAGGAUGAUGAUCUUCUUCUAAGGGUAGAUUUUGUCAGGGAAGUCGAUGAGCUACUUAAAGAGGUUCAAGCUGAGCAAGAAAAGAAUAAGCUACAAACUGGAUAUGAUCCGGAAUCUGUUGCAAACAUGUUGAAGCAGCAGGAGAAGAUGCAGACUAUACGGCAAGUGGAAUCUCUCCAGGAUCUGGCAUCCUCCCUAAAAUGGUGAGGAUUCAGAAGCACAAUCGAACAAUUAUGCCCUCUGCAUGGAAGCUAGAAACCAUUAACUUCACAUAAGACUCAACAAUUAGAGCACCUCCUUCAGGCUGAAUUCUUUUUUCAGCUAGUUAGACACCAUUAACAGUUCUGGGUAGAGAGCAUCUGCUCCGGCACUAGUGUAUAUUUGUAUGUGUAGAGGUAUAUGAUGAUGUAUGUUUGUACUGGUACUGUUAAUAAUCUGCACCUGGAUUGUCGAACUCCACUA